CUGGCCGAGUGGGGGCCAUUUGACCUCCUGAUUGGUGGAAGUCCAUGUAAUGACCUGUCCAUGGUGAAUCCAGCCAGAAAAGGUCUCUUUGAAGGCACAGGUCGACUGUUCUUUGAAUAUUACCGCAUGUUAACCAUGAUGAGGCCGAGAGAGGAUGACGAUCGCCCCUUUUUCUGGCUCUUUGAGAAUGUAGUAGCCAUGAGUGCCCACGACAAGGCUGAUAUCUGUCGUUUCCUGGAGUGUAAUCCUGUGAUGAUUGAUGCUGUGAAAGUAAGCCCAGCCCACAGGGCUCGCUACUUCUGGGGAAAUUUACCUGGAAUGAACCGACCACUUGCGACUUCACUCACUGAUAAAGUAGAACUGCAGGACUGCCUGGAGGUCGGACGAACUGCAAUGUUCAACAAAGUUCGCACUAUCACCACCAAGUCCAACUCCAUCAAACAAGGGAAGAUGGGGCCUCUGCCAGUCACCAUGAAUGGAAAAGAGGACUAUCUU